AUGGGCAUUCAGUCGCAGCAAAUUUCACAGGAUUGGAUGGAAAUCGGGUGUGGGUUUGAUGAUGAGUUAUGUUUCAAUCUUCAGCAGCAAUACAAACAACACAUGCAGCACCAGCAGAGAAAUCAAACUCUGUUUUUUGACAACAGGAAUCAGUUCUCCAUUUCAAAAACCAAGGUCAACAAUAGCAAUGAUAAUCAAUGCAUGGCAUAUUCUUGGAGCUUAGCUUCUCAUCCGGAGAAACAUAUACAAGAGAUUGAUGGACUUAUCAGCUCACAGAAUGAGACGUUGAGAUUGACCUUGCAGAAGCAGACAAGGCAGCAACUUGGAAUCCUAUUAGGCGAAUUUGAAUCAACAACAUUACCUUUACUGAGACAGAAGGAGGAAGAAAUAGCACAAGCGGUGAUUAGGACCAUUGAGCUAGAAGAUUUCCUGAGAAGAUUGGAGACGGAGAAAGAAGUGUGGCAGAGAUUAGCAGAGGAGAAGGAGGCCAUGGUUGUUUCGCUUAAUGUCACAUUUACGGAAAUGAGAGAGAAUCUGUGUGGUUUCUUCCACGAUGAAGGGGAGGACGCAGGGUCAUUCUGGGACGAGAACAGAGCAGAAACAGAGGAAGAAAGAGUUGGGGAGGAAGAAGGAGAAGGUGAUGGCGAAAGGGUGGAAAAGAGAAGUGGAAGGAUGCUUUGUCAAAGGUGCAAUUCUAGGAGAUCGUGCAUGCUCUUCCUUCCUUGCAGGCAUCUUUGCUCCUGCAAAGCCUGUGAAGCUUUUCUGAAUUCUUGCCCUGUUUGCACAUCAAUAAAGAAGGCUGUGAUGGAGGUACUUACUUCCUAG